UCGCGCCAAAUUCUCCUGUUGCUCAAACAUCCUCCUUCUCGGAUCGAAGAACCAGCUUCACAUCAUUGACAACCCCGAUAACCCACCACCAACUUGCCUGACGGGUGAAAAAGGCAUUUCAGUGUGAUUACAGCUCACAAUUGAAACUCAUCAGCUUUUAUUAUUCGCCAUUUUCCACCGUCGACAUUCGAUGCACAACGUGGCCAGACACUGACCGGUUUACGUGUGGUUUCUUGCGGGCGUGUUUUGGUGUGGGCGUGUGUGUGGCGGCGGGUUUUCCAAGUCGCGUCUCUACACGCAGGCAACCCCCGCUCUGACCAAUACAAUUAGCUCCUAUCUAUCGGUUCAACACCACCAUACACCACGCAACAUAUUCCACACCACGAAUCUCGAGACAGUUCUUUUGACAAGUUCGACUGCCUCGCUCCCACGAGUCACGAGUCACGAGCAACUCGGUUUUCGAUUUUUUUUUUGGCCAAUCGAGUUCAGUUGUCGUCCAGGUCGAAAAAAUAGACAGCCCGGCACAGGCUAUGCCGAGUUUGUCCUGUUGAUUUUAUGGCAACUGUAUCACUGAUUCCGUCUCCGGUGUCAUUUCACCAGACGGCCAUGUCUUCUCGGUCUAGAGUGCCAUUGUCGAGCAACCCAAAUGCCGCUAACUCGCCCAUGAGGCCCAUGGCGGUCGCACAUCCCAAGCCCGUGAAACGCUCGCAUGCGAGCAACCAGCGGGAGGAGCUCUAUGGGCAGCCACCUCCAGCCAAGAAGCAGAUGAUCAGCAACCCAUCCACCUAUCGUGUCACUGCUCGCUCGCCUGUUAAGGCCAGAACCACAACACACACCAUCACCCAAAGUCGGGCUGUUGGUGGGCACAGGGAUAGGGACGCAGCCUCGCAGCAACAUGUGAAGGCACAGUUGGCAGAUGAGGAUGUGAAUGAUUUCAAAAAAUGGGCUGCCGCGCAAAAGCAGCAGUUUGUCAAGCAUGUCUUCUACCUGGACAACCUUCCCCAGGAGGUUUUACCCAAAAUCGAGCGGCAGAUUGCGGCUUUAGGUGCUAGGGAGGACAAAUUCUUCUCGAUCAGCAUUUCCCAUGUCGUCACCACCAGGCCUAUCCCUCAGCCUCAGACCUCACAAAAGCUCAAGCUUGACGUGAGCACGAAAAACGACCGCGAAGACCAAGAACCUCAGACGAUCAACCCGUCACUUCUGAGCCGAAACCUCGACUCGAACUGCGCGAAGCGGAAACUGUUUGAUACGCACCCCGCAGGGAGGAGGCCCCCCAUACAGCUCGGAGAGGAUGUCGUGCGGAGACCUAAGGCGCCUCGCCAGCAAAACGAUAUUUUGGGGCGGGCUUUGACCAUGGGCAAGAAGAUUUGGUCACUGGAAAAGAUGCAGCGCAUUCUUGAUAUGCUCACGGAGUCAGAUCCUUACCGUGCUGCAACCCUGGGACAAGGUGGGCGUACUGCCAAGACGGUAGAGCAGAGCAACCCGUUGCAAAUGUUGAACAAGGAACGCGUCAGUGGCCCUUCGGAUCGCGAUCCCACGGCAUCGACAAAGGAAAUGCAUUUGUUCAAGGGCCCGUUCAUCUACAUCUACGAUAUCGAGCAGAAGCAGCGUCCAAUCAUGGCUCGUGAAUAUGCGAAGGUUGCCGACAAGAUGAAGGGAGAUUGGCCUCAGUUCCGAGCAUCAGGGAGUGGACGUUGUCCUUUUGUUGAGGACCAUGAUCCUGAAAAACACUCGAAGAAGGAGCGGGAGGUUGCUCGACAGGCAGCUGUGAAUGCUGCUGUGGGCUCUGCCCCGAAGCUUCAACCACCCACACAGAUCGCGCGUCCGAAACCUAUUACUGGAAAGAGACCAUUGGCGGAAAUGAGUGAAGUCUCGACCAAUCGUAUUCUGUUCCCAUCCAAAACAACGACCGGCGGCAAUGCUCUCAUGGAUCCCACGCAAGGCUCCAAGUUGUCCAAGGAGGAUGCUCUGUCGAACGCCUUCAUCAGCACGAACCGCUCGAGACCUGCACGUAUUUUUGCAGGGGAACCGGUUGCUUCCGGGCUCCAGGCUUCCAACAUAACAUCCGCCAUCCGGUCCCAGAUGAUAUCAUCGACCACGGGGACUAUUGCUAGCAACAAGUCGGGUGUGAGCAAAGAGGUUCUGGGCCUACAGCGCAAGGUCCUGGCGAAGAGUGGAUCUAUCUCUCAGGAUCCCAGCUCUCGCCGUCAUGCCGAAAUGAGUGUGGACAGCGGCCCUCUCAGUCGUUCAACCAGCUUAGGCAACCCGCGACUCAUUUUCGAAGGUGAAGAGACUCAGCAUAGACGUACGCAUAGCGUGCCCUCAAAGCUCCAGCCAAAGCCUAAGAAGCGUGAUCCGAAACCUGGAUACUGCGAGAACUGCCAGGACAAAUUCGCAGACUUUGAAGAGCAUAUCCAAUCACGUACUCACCGGAAGUUCGCCGACAAUGAUGAAAACUGGGAAGAUCUGGAUCGUCUCCUCCAACAGCUUGAGCGCCAACCUCUUCCUCAUCAUCACCUUUACAGCGACGAGACUGUCGAGCAGAACUACGACCAAUACUGACGACCAAUAACGUUCACUCGAGGGACUCCGUCACCAGAUCAGAGUCUCUUGAUGUUAGUCUAGACCAGUGGCUUGAAAGGCCUGUCCACAUCACCUCGAAGUACUGCAAUAGCGGCUAGCAACACUCCAGUUAUUAAUCCAACACAAGCUGUUCAGUCACUUGUCUACUUUCGCCACUUGCUCCUUUCGCAAAUACCCUUGUGCGACUGCAAAUUAUUGUCAAACAAACAAAAUAACCGUCCCACUCCUGCUUUUCUUGGGCUGGUUGGUUGCCUCCCCAUGCUUACCAAGCCUUUGGCUUUUUGACAUUUUGUCUUUUAUUUUAUUUUUCCAACACUCAACGCAACGCAUGGCGUCUUUUUAUUCAUACUUAUGCAUUGGCGGCGGGAAUUGUUUAUUCUUCCACUCUUUGUUUUGGGCGCAAGCGUUUUGAAACCACUCUUAAUACUUUUCAUAAGCACAUAUAUGGACGGUCUCUGUCUGUCACUCUGCCAGUCCAGACCCACCUGAGUAGAUCAUUACUGUUCUCGAUUGGGAAAACCAAUAGGCUUCCCUUCGAAGUCAAAUGGAAUCGAAAAUUCUGGCCUCAAGAAGAGUCGCGCCGUAGUUGAGGGGUGCACUGUAUUGGAAGCUUGAUCCAGGUACUCUGAUGCCUUGUUUGAAGGUUAUGUUCAUUGAGCCUAUGACACUCCUUUGGCUCAGGGAGAUGAAGUAAGGAAGGUCGUGGGAUGGAUAUAUACCAUAGGCUCAUAGUAACUUGUAUGAUGUAGAAUUAUUAAAGGAGAAUUCUGUUCACAAUAAACUAGAACUAGACUAGGGGAGGA